AUGAGUGAUACGGAUUGCCUGGAGCUGCCCUCAUUCGAGGCCUUUGACACGGAGGAUCGUCCGCCGCCACCAUCUAUUGAAGACUACCCGAUUGGAUGCGAGGUGGAGCUUGUUGACAUUGGCCCUGCGAAGAUAGCGCAAACAAACGAGUUGUGGGAACCAUUCAUGGAUGAAUUAUUCGGACAAUGUCGACGGUCUGUACGGGUGGUGCGUCACCAAGGCGACUACACGUUUGUUGUUUGCGAAACGGACCCGGAGUUGAUUAUUGGCUGCACUUUAUACCGUGCCUGCCUCAGUGAGCCCAAGGUGCGCUUCAAGAAGUACAUUCCAACCCAUCAUGCGGAAGGUGCAAUUGUGAAAAUGAGUGUUAAUACGCGAGAAGGUAAUGAUAAGGGCCUCUUUGAGCUUUACUCCAGUGCUACCGAGGACGAUAGCCAUGAUUUGGAGGGCGUUGCAAUUAUAGGGAAUUCCAUCCGUGGAAACGAUCCAGCUUCUGCAAAGAUAAAGGGGACUCAGCGAUCUCUAACAGCGGCCGAAGCGACGCGACGUUCGCGUUGCAAUGAGGUAGAAAACAAGCAUGAGGCACCGAUUCCAGAGAAGGCGGAUGCGGUACGUUGUAAAUAUAACUACGCCACAAGGAAGGCAUAUGAGGCUCUCAGCAAAGAAAAUUACAGAGAGGCGGUGCGAUACUACACUAAAGCACUCAAAUAUAGCAGUGAUGGUGGAGCGAGAUGUUUAUCAAACCGUUCUGUUGCAUAUCUCGGAAUGAGAAAUUUAGAAGCCGCCUUCAAGGAUGCUACACGUGUGAUUGAGUUAAUACCUCAAAGUUUUUUAGGCUACGUGCGUGCGGGUAACACAUUGCGUGGCAUGAAACGCUUUGAGGAGGCGAGAACUUAUUAUGAGAAGGCGCUCUCGCUCGAUCCCGGCAACGAGACACUUAAGUAUCUUUUAUUAAGUAACUUUAUCAUGAUGUUGUACGCCUCCAAAUAUGAGCAUCGAAAGGCAGCAUCUAUUGCAUUGGAUCGUCGUACGUUAAAUGUGAUUCUCCAGGCAAAAAAAGACUUACGAGCCGGUGAAUUGGCAUGGGUUGAAUCAUCCGGGGCAGUUGUUUCACUGAAGCAGUAUGACUAUUUAAGUGGUGGUGGCGGAGUGGGUCCCAGUGGUAAUCAUGGUAAUAACACCACACCGCAAUUCUGUUCUCAGUGCUUCCGACCUCUUACGAAAAUUGAGGAAUUUUGCGAGAGAUUGUCGGAUGUUGAGCCUUCCAUUCUUAAAAGAUUAUAUAACGAGCACCAUAUUGUGCAGUGCAACGGUCAUUGUGGAGUUUUAUACUGUUCGGAUAGUUGUCGUUCCAAGGCGUGGGCGGCGCACCAUUGGGUGGAGUGUGUAACUCAAGGAAAGUGGUCUGAGGCGUACCGCCAACUCCCUGGGCUUCUAAGAGAUUUUGUUGCGUUUUGCAACGGGGCGGCGAACAGCAAUUGUCAAGGCGGUAACGAAUAUUUUCAUGGACAGGAAACCAGAUUGCCUUCUUUUACGGAGGAGAAGGUUAAUGUCAUCGUAGCCUGUGUUCGCCUGGCCUGUCGCAUGUUUUCCAAGAUUCUAAGCAAUGGAAGGCCCUUGGAGGAUGCCGUUAAUAUUUUUGAGUGGAUGCUUCCCAGGGAAUGUACGUACAAUUCCAAUCUUGACUGUCAUCCGACCAACGUGGAGCAGAAGAUUGUUAUUAAAAAGAUAUUGACCCCUGUUUACAACAUAUUUCAGCAAUGCUUUACAAGUGAGGAGAAACAUUAUUUAUCCUUCAUUGUUUUUUUCCACUCUUACGAGCGUGCUCGAUUUAAUUGUGUGAAGCUGCGUGUAUCCGCAUGGCCUGCAAUUCAGGCGAAAGCGGGAAGUUACAUUGACCUUAUGAAGAUGCGAAGGAGUAAUAGCGGCUCCACGUCUAUGCUUAGUUCGGCGUCGAGGGAUAGCAUGCCGGAAGGGCCAUCCGAACCUCAAAUCAGUCAGUUGGAACGCAUUGUGGCAACUCCGGCGGAGUCCAUGCCGGGGUAUUUUGAGUGCCUGGGUGUCUUCAAGGUGUUUGCGGCAACAUUUUCUCCAUUGUGUGCACAGCAGGAGAAGCAGGCAUACUACAAUGUGAGGGUACGGCCCAUUAUUGAGCCAGGCGCCAUUAUCCACAUUGAUGUUACGGAAAAUAUCCAAAGAAAUGAGCAACUCGUCUCGGACCGGUCCAUCAACGAGGCGAUUGCAUGA